AUGUACCUUCCCUGGAAGCUUGUUGUACUCAUUAUUAAAGACUUGGCUCUUGCGCUCCUUGAGGAGGGUCGCAUAAGCGACGUAUGCGACCUACUGUUAGUUUCGCGGGGAGCGCGGAGGGUUCUCGAGCCGUUGAUUUAUGAAGAGAUCCACACAGAUGGCAACUAUCUCCUGCUUAGAGACGAUCAGAAGGCUACGGAUGCAAGAUCGCCCCUUCUAUGUCGCGCCAUCUUGAGUCGCCCUGAGCUAGGGGCCUUUGUGAAAGUAUUCUCACUGGAGGAAUCCGAGGUGAGCUGGAGUGAUGCGGAAUCCGUGUCCAGUUCUGAAGAACCCCUUUUGGGGCCAGGAGAGCUGGAUGCUGCCAGGAGCUUUGUGGAAAAUAAAUUCAGCCCCAUCGAAUUCAAAGAGCAGUGGCUUGAGAAGAUCACAGACAUGGAUGAAGCAGCCAUGCAAGGUCUUGUUUUGUGUCAGCUCCCAUAUUUAGUCUCCCUUACUCUCAAAGUCCAUUCAGGGAUGUUCGGGCACAUAGGAACGUUUCUGCGGCUUCCGUGUCUCGAGCGGCUGAGCUUCAUUGUCGAUAUGGGUAAUUGGAAGCCCUGGAAUAACCCAUUUGAGCAACCCGAAGACAUCCUGGAGCAUAUUCUUUCCGGCACGAGAAAGGUGAAAGAGUUGGUGUUCGAGGACAAUCAGAAUGUGUAUAAUUCAGUCACGUUUAAUGCGUCCAAACUCAAGCGAAUUCUCGACCAAUAUGUCUCUCAGACUGUUGAGGACCUCUCAAUCGUCCUUACGAUGAACGAUGAGCGAGACUGGCGGCUUCCACAGGAGUUUACCCGCCUCUCGGGUGUAUUUGGGAGUAUGACGCAUUUUACCAAGCUAAAGAGGCUCUCGAUUCAACUUGAACUAUUAUUGGGAAGACCUUCGUCUAACCUAUAUCACCUCAAGGAUGUGCUGCCCGAUCAGUUACAACAUCUAACCUGCUUCAGUAUAUAUCCUUAUGACGGUGCAGAUGAGGAGCGCAUCUGGGAUUCGGAAAACUACAUACCACAGUUCCGGAUGCUGGCAAAUGUAGCUCGUGAGAGUGGGAAAUUUCCCCUACUGAGUCGGGUGUAUAUGGAUCGAUACCGCAAGGAUGACUUCAACAAGUAUAGCGGCCAUCAACCUAGCUCUGGUGAAUUUACCGAUGAUGUAUUAGCCAACUCAAGGGUUACGUUUUCCUGGUAUUGA